CCGUCAAUUAAUACUACUUUUAUUAAUGCAUGAUUGAGUGAAUUCAGGUGCUGCGGAUAUAUUUAACGUUAAUUCUGUGGAUUAGAGGAUAUAAAAAGUACCUAAAUACGUGAUAAAUUCGUUUAUCUGGCGAAAAUUCUACCCUGAGGACAAAGGACUGUCAUUAGGAUACCCAGGAUAAGGAUAAAAUAAGGCAUAGACGUCCUCCGCAGGGGAAGGACUCCACAGGACGAUGCCUAAGUUGCCCCAGAAGAAGUAUUACCGCCAAAGGGCCCAUUCCAAUCCCAUUGCCGACCAUAAUUUUGAUUACCCUGUAAGCCCAAAUGCAGUCGACUGGAGUCUUCACUAUCCCAAGCACUUUCCUGGUGAUAAGAAAGUAGAGUUUGCAGAUAUUGGAUGUGGCUAUGGUGGUUUAUUAGUGUCAUUAGCUCAAGUCUUUCCCGAUACCUUAAUGUUAGGAAUGGAAAUUCGUGUUAAGGUGUCGGAUUUUGUAGCCGACCGCAUUCUUGGCUUGCGAGAAACAAAGAAGGAAGUUCCUGGUGGAUAUCAAAACAUUGCAUGCAUUCGAACUAAUGCCAUGAAAUACAUGCCAAACUUCUUUGAAAAAGGACAGCUAAGCAAGAUGUUCUUUCUCUUUCCUGAUCCUCACUUCAAGAAGGCAAAGCACAAGUGGCGUAUUAUUAACUCCUCCCUCUUGGCAGAGUAUGCAUACGUAUUACGAGAAGGGGCCUUAGUGUAUACAGUAACAGAUGUAAAAGACCUUCAUGAAUGGAUGGUAUACCACUUCACACAGCAUCCCUUAUUCGAGAGAGAGUCAGAAGAGCACUUGGCUGACGACGAAGUUGUUAAGCAUUUAUUUGACAGUUCGGAGGAGGGCCAGAAAGUUUCGCGAAACAAUGGAGAUAAGUUCUUGGCGGUGUUCAGAAGAAUAGGUGAUCCAGUGUAUUCACAGAGCAAAUAAAGAGAAGCAUUCAUUCA